CAGGCUGAGAGCUGCAAAGCUGCUGCUUGUGGCGAUCCAUAUCCGGCUGGAGCAAAGAAAAACAGGAUGAAGCUGCUGCGGGUGCUACCUCAAUGUUGUCUGCGCCUUGCUGAUUAGUCCAGGGGAGCAACAGCACGGAGAGAGCCCCGACACAGCGGCAGCUGAAAAAGCAGAAGCUCCCACAAGGCAGAUCCACCCCAGUCAUGAGCACCCUCUACUUGUGGGAUCAGCUGCGAGCCGGCAGCUCCGAGGUAGACUGGUGCGAAGAUAACUACACUAUCGUGCCCACGAUAGCCGAGUUCUACAACACGAUAAGCAACAUCUUGUUUUUUGUUUUACCACCCAUAUGUAUGUGCUUAUUUCGUCAAUAUGCAACCUGCUUCAACAGUGGAAUAUACUUAAUAUGGACUCUGCUAGUUGUUGUUGGCAUUGGAUCUGUCUAUUUCCAUGCUACACUCAGUUUCCUGGGUCAGAUGCUAGAUGAGCUGGCUAUUCUUUGGGUCCUGAUGUGUGCUCUGGCCAUGUGGUUCCCCAGAAGAUACCUCCCAAAAGUUUUUCGAAAUGACAGGGCAAGGUUUAAAGCUGCAGUCGGUGUCCUUUCUGGAGUUACUACAUGCCUGGCAUUCAUUAAGCCUGCUAUCAACAACAUCUCAUUAAUGACACUAGGUGUCCCCUGCACAGCUCUGCUUAUUGCUGAGUUGAAGAGGUGUGAAAAUUUGCGUGUGUACAAGCUGGGCCUCUUUUCAGGUCUUUGGUGGAUGUUAGCACUUUUCUGCUGGAUCAGUGACAAAGCAUUUUGUGAGAUCUGGUCUUCAUUUAACUUUCCGUAUUUGCACUGUGUAUGGCACAUCCUCAUUUGCCUUGCUGCUUAUCUAGGCUGUGUCUGUUUUGCCUACUUCGAUGCUGCCUCCGAGAUCCCUGAACAGGGCCCUGUCAUAAAGUUCUGGCCCAGUGAAAAAUGGGCUUUCAUUGGUGUCCCCUAUGUCACCCUCCUCUGCGCACAUAAGAAAUCACCUGUGAAGAUUACAUGAAAUCAAGCACCUAGUGGAGGGGACACAAUCUAUUUAUUUUUUCAUCACAGACUGUACUUAGGUCAAGGUAGUGGCUAGGGUUGUUUUUUCUGACUUCUAUGCAUAUGGUAUUCACAAGUGUUUUGUUAAUACAUAGUAAAAUAUGACCUUUCCUCACUUUUCUGGAGAGGAGGCCAGAAGGUUUAUUGUGGUGCUCCUGAACAUUUAUAUUAGAACUCUGUAUUGACACUGGUUGGGUUUGUUUUGCACUCUGUUUUUGAUGUAGCAUCCAUCAUGAUAUACCGGUAAUUCUUUCCAAAUAUCAAAGUUAAGGCUAUUUUUCAAGUUUGGCCAAAACUGCUGACUGUAAGAGACUGAUUCUCUUUUCAUGUUGGUUCUGCCAGAGCUCUAUUUAGUGAAGGAACAGUGAGGGGGACAAAGGUGCCUUUAAGCCAUCUUUGUGCCUCCUCUAUUCUGUGCCCAGCUCCGAGUAUACGUUAGAGCAAUCUUGAGCGUACUUUAAUUUGCACCUGGAUGCAUUUAGCCAUAAGUUGUCAUGGUGGUAUUCCAGUGAUGUUUUUUUCCAAAGUCAUGUCUCCACAUAUGGACUGCAGAGGGGGGUAGUGUAGAGCCAUUGUGGCAGCUCUGCACUGCAUGGGAAAUUCCCCAGUUGCUAAAUACAUUAGCAGAGCUGCAGAAGAGGAUGGCAACAAAGGAAAAUCGGACCCAGAAUUGUUACACUGGUAUAAAACAAGAGUAAAUGAGACAAGGAACAGGCCUUAAAUCCAAAUAAGAAAUUCAGGAACCCUAAAUUCCUAAUGUUUUCCUCAAACAGUUCAGAAUGGAAUGACGGUGUCUUUUGGCUAAAUUAUCUACAGGAUGCUAAUGAGUAUCAGCGAGUGUGGUGUGUAGCGGAACCUGGUAGCCAUUACAAACGUAUUUAAAAAUGUAUAUAUUCCCAAUAAGCAUAUGAAGAUGGUUAUAAAAAUCCCCUUCUAUCUCUGGGCUUAAACUUUACCACAUCUGGAGAAAAAAGAUUAAAGGGUGAGACUUUCAAAAGCAUUUGAUAUUGGCCUAACUGCUCCCACAAAAUUAUAUGGGAGUUGUACCAAUAACUUCAAUGGGAGCAGUGUUCAGCCAAUACUGAGCAGUUUUGAAAAUCCCACCCUAAACUAUUAACACUAAAAUUUGGAUUAAACUAUUAAUAAAUAAAACAAAACCUUAGACUCCAAGUCCAGUUGGUGAGAGUUGGUUUCUGACUAAAACCUUUCAAGUAGAAAUGAAGCAGUUGUAUCCUAAUGCCCUAGUAGUUGUAUUUAGUAAAGGUAAAUGACAACUUAAAAUCAUAUUUAGGGCCUGCAUGUCCUUCCAAUAAGCAGUGAAGUUUAAAACUUCAAUGAUUACAUUCUUUGAAGGAAUGUGUGGUAUAAUUUUUGCCAUUUGUAUCAACCUGUCUUGUAAAACAUUAGGGACAGUCCAAAGGGGUUGUAUCUGAAUCCAGUUUGGUUUUAAGGCUGCUGUUUGGUUUUGACUCCUAGUUAGGGCUAUGGUUGAAAGUCACUUGCACUGAAAUCUUGCAAGCUGUUUUCACAAGUUUUUAGGACAAAAUGAUGCAAGGAAGGAGUCACUGAUUUUCUGAGACUUCUACCAUCUUUAACUAUUGUGAUCAGCUGUUCUUGAGAGAGAAGGUCCUUGCUGUUUGAGAUUCAAAUCAAUACCAAAACUGUAGGGGUGGGGCUUCAAGGAAUUGGAUUUGAGGUUCUGGUUAUGACCUGCCUCUCUAAAAUAUUUAACUUCUAAGCAAUAUCUUACUUUGUCACCAAUACUAGGCACCAAUGUGAAAUAAUCUCUAAUGUAACAUAGAAAGUUCCCCUCCAUUUAAAAUAUAUAUUGCUACUUGCAGUGAUAAAAGUUGAUCCUUAGUUUUACAAUAUAUAUUUUGAAAAAUCAAACUGAAGUGCUCAUACAACAUUAGUUUAUUCCAGUUUGUUAAAUAUGCAAAUAUAAUAAUUGUUAUAGCUGUAAUAAUUAUGCUUUUCCAGUUAGCUGAGGCCUUUAUUGCUUUACUUGGGAUGAAUUUGGGAGUUGUGAAUGUUACCUAGAUUUGUCUGUAUAUAGCCUCAGGGAUAUUUCUGUUUUAACCUUAUUCUAACACCUAACACUUAAUUUGGAUUAGAUGGGAAGUGUGUUGUGUGGUUUUAGGAAGCAAGGCAUGGUAACUUACGACAAGUGUUCCAGAGCUCUUUGGUGGAACCAACUCUUCAAUAUCACAUACUGAGGGCCUGAUUCUUUGCUAUCUUAUAUCAGUGUUGGCUCCAUUGGUUUCAGUGGAGUCACUUCUGACUCACACCGGUGUAAGCAAGAGGAGAACUGGGUCCUGGAACUUUAAGCAUUCUCUUACACUUGGCUGCUGUGGUCACAGAAAUGUACUUUAUAACAGUUUUUACUUGAGAAUAUGCUACUGAGAGAUGAAAACCCAGAUCCUCUGCUAUGGAAUGGUGCAGCUCUUGUGGAGCAGAGCAAGGGAGGAUGUGCAAAGAUCUGCUCCCCCAGUGCUGGUCUGGAUGUAUGUUGGUCUGGCCCCCUGGUGUAGCUUAAGUCAGCUGGGUGUAGAGAAGCCUCAGCUAAACCCUGUAUCCCAACAGCAGGGAGGGGAAGGAGGGUGAAGGAGCCACUACCUUGGAUCUACAGCAGCAGAGGGUUCCCAUAUACGAGGCUGUACCUCCCUUUGUCAGCUAUGCUAGACUUAGGGCCAAAAUCUGCCUGUGGUGAAGUGAAUAUUGUACACUGGAGGGUCUGAUACAAAUAGUCCUGUAGAAAAACAUAGACCAUUUCAGCCCAAAUGCUACUGCGUUCUUUAUUACAGAAAUACAAAGGGAGGAAGCAUCCCCAAAGUCUGAAGAAAGUGAUAUGUCACACUAGAUUGAUCAGCCCUUCCCAUUUCAAGGGCCACUGUCUGUGCCAGAAUAAACACAUUCCUCUAUUUAUUAGAACAUGGUUCUAGAGGAAAGACAAAUAUAACACGGUAUGAACCAAAUCGUACUCUGCCCCAAUGAACACGUUAGUUUAAUUGGAAAAAUCAUUAGUGACUAAGGGGAUGAAAAGACACAGCCUGAUUCUUAACUGCCCUGCACCUUGUGUUAUUUCCACCAGUGCAAAGUGCUACCAAAGCACUACUAUCAAUGACCACAUGAGAUACAGGGCAGUUGAGAAGCAGACACCUUAAAGCCAUAAACUCUUUCCCCAUUAGUGACUCUUUCAAUCUUCUUAAAUUACAGUGGGGUUUUUUCUCUCUCUCUCCUUGCAGUUUUCAGAGUAGCAGCCGUGUUAGUCUGUAUCCACAAAAGGAACAGGAGUACUUGUGACACCUUAGAGACUAACAAAUUUAUUUGAGCAUAAACUUUCGUGGGCUAAAAUCCACUUCAUAUAUAUAUCCUCCUACUGUAUUUUCCACUACAUGCAUCCGAUGAAGUGGGUUUUAGCCCACAAAAGCUUAUGCUCAAAUAAAUUUGUUAGUCUCGAAGGUGCCACAAGUACUCCUGUUCUCCUUGCAGUAUAUAUCAUUUAGGCUGGGGGGAGGGGGGACGACCUCUUUUAAGCAGGUCCAAUCCUGUUCCCAUUAAAAUCCAUGGUAGAACACUAAUUGGUUUGCAGGAGCAGGGAGUUAUUUCCCUAUGUUUCAGAAGUAUAACAAAAACCAAGUAGAGGUGGAAUACCCAGAGGCCCAUAUUUUCAACAGCAUCCUUUGAUUUUUUUUUUUUUUUUUGGGGGGUGCCCAAUUUGAGGCACAUAGGGCUUGAUUUUCAGAGGUGUUGGGUGCCCAGAGCACUAGAUGAAAUCAGAGGGAGCUGCAGAACAUCUGACAAAUCACAUGCUAGCGGUUAGAUUUUGUGUGUCCCCUCUAAGAAGUGUAGCAGAUAACUCUGAAUCUAGGGGGAAGAUGAUUAAGGCAGCCUUAACUGUCUUUGCACUAUCCUGAUCCUUGGCUGCUCCAGGGACUGAAACGGCCCCCAGAAUAACUUAGACCCCCCAGGGCUAUGUAAGUCAUGUCAGACUCCCAUCACUGCCCUAUGGGUACAGCCCUACCAAAUUCACGGUCCAUUUUGGUCAAUUUCAUGAUCAUAGGAUUUAAAAAAUCGUAAAUUUCAUUAUUUUAGCUAUUUAAAUCUGAAAUUUCAUGGUGGUGUAAUUGUAGGGAUCCUAACCCAAAAAGGACAUGUGGGCCAGGUCACAAGGUUAUUGUAGGGAGAGUUGUGGUACUGCUACCCUUACUUCUGUGCUGCUGCAGGUGGCGAUGGUGCCUUCAGAGCUGGGUAGCUGGAGAGCGGUGGCUGCUGGCCGGGAGCCCAGCUCUGAAGGCAGAGCCGCCACCAAUAGGGAUCACAUAGUAUGGUUUGCCACCCUUACUUCUGCAGAGCUGGGUCCUCAGUCAGAAGCUGCCACUCUCUGGCCGCCCAGCUUUGAAGGCAGCAACGUAGAAGUAAAGGUGGCAUGGUAUGGUAUUGCCACCCUUCUGCGCUGCUGCUGGCGUGGCGCUGCCUCCAGAGCUGGGCGUCCAGCUGAUAGCCGCCGCUCUCUGGCCACCCAGCUCUGAAGGCAGCACAAAAGUAAGGGUGGCAAUACCAUGACCCACCGCUAAAAUAACCUUGUGACCUCCCUGCAACUCCCUUUUGGGUCAGGACCCCCAAUUUGAGAAACGCUGGUCUCCCCUGUGAAAUCUGUAUGGUAUAGGGAAAAAGAGCACACAAGACCAGAUUUCAUGGGGAGAGACCAGAUUUCACAAUCUGUGACGCAUUUUUCUCUGCCGUGAAUUUGGUAGGGCUCUACCUAUGGGUCACAGCACUACCUGGAAUCUUGACAGUAUAGCAUGUCAUGGCCCUGUCCUCCAGUUCACCCCUCCCACUCCUGGACCCACCCUCAGUACACCCCCUAUGUCACGGUUUGUGAGAGGAUCCUCACAGGGCAGCCUUAUGGCUGUCUUGUGCAGUGCUGCACUGGAGGAAACCUCGCUUAGCUGGAACUGGGGCUUUCAAGCUUCUUUAUGCCUGUCCAGUCCAUUAUACUCCGUGUAAAGGGGCCAGAGUGGGAGUGAGGAUUUCACCCUAGGUGUGUCAAUAUGGGCACCCCAGAACUAGGGUUCACAUUUUGCCAGUAACAUGUAAUAAAAACAAAUACAAAUCUGCUGUGGAACAAGAAGAAGUAAAAUUAGUGGUUUAGCAAUAUAAAGCGAAGAUGCUGUCUCAUACCAGCAGGCUUCACGCUAGCCUUUAGCUGAUAACAUAAACCACAUUUGUUAACACUGAUUGGCGUUAAGAUACAGAGUAUUUGUUAGUACUCAAAAUAACCAUGACAAUGCAAAUAAUUGUGAACACAUCAGAAUUAUAUGUAAAAUGUAUAGUACAUUCCCAUAAACUUAAAAAUAGGUGUUAAGCAUUUGGCGUUUCUGAAACGUAUUAAAGCCUGAAUAGAUAGAAAUGAGCAUAGAGACCACCCUCAAUCCUUAAAUUAAAUUCUGAAUUCAGUGGUUAGUGUUUUCCACCGAUAUGAUUUUUUCCCCUCAACAUUCUAGGCCAGAUCUGCAGCACUUCUUUGAGCAGCUUCAGCACGUAAUAAAGGACCAUGAAGCCAAUUUAGCUAGUUACUUGGGGAAUCCCUGGGUGAUAUAGAGCCAGUGACAGCUGCAUGCUUCUCAUCUUUGCACCCCAUUCCUAGGGAAAAGAGCAUGGGGUCAGUCACUGCACUCUGACUACCCAGCUGCUGGAAUGGCCCCUUAAGGCUGUGAAUAGCUGGGUACAAUUUAGAGCAGCACUGAACAUCUGGGCUGUUCUAUGUUGUGCUGUGGGUGGGUGUCUGAAUAGCACCAGGGAGGCACUAGGAUCAGGAAGACUCAAAAGACUUGUGAAUUCACAUUUGCCCUUCUCACAUCCCACCAAUCCUACACUAAGGCCAGCUCUGCCAGACAGGAGGACCAGACCCUCUGUGUUAGGUAGCCGGCAGCACAUUUCUGCAACUGUGGCCAAAGAAUGGCACUGGACUUCAGUUUGUAAGCAGAAUAGUUUAAUUAGAGGGUUGACUCUCCUGUUGACUAGGGACUCGUUCGUCUUCAGAUUAUGUGCAAUAACCUCUUUUUUUUGUAAAGACAAGUUAUAUUUCCUAUCUGUGUGCUAGAAUAAGGCCCCUUCCCCCCUCCC